AUGGCAGAAGUCCUGUCGCAGAUUUGCUCACUGUCAUCACAGCUUCAUUAUUCAAAUGACAUAGCUGAUCAAGACUAUGACAAUCAAACAUAUGACCUUCUUGCACAGUUGAGACAAAUAAUACCCACAGCUUCAAAUAUUAUAUCUGGCGAAUUUUACUUUCUAGAUAAUCUUGAACCAUCACUUCACACACUUCCAUACCUGCUCAUAUGGGGCCACCAUGUCUGUUCUAUUCGAAAUGAAAGUGGUAAUCCUUUCCCAGAAGCCGUACGCCCUGGAGGGAAGUUGUGGUCAAAGGCAGUGCAUUUCUUAAUGGGGUUCGAUCCCAUCCAAGUACGAUACGCUGGUAGUGAGUGGCGAGAACUUGUUGAACUGGUGGGACAAAGUGCAUUUGCGGUUUCGAAGCCGUUUCUAGCAAUUCAACCGAUUCGAGAAGCUAUAUUUCGUCUGGACCCAUCAUGUUCACUUUUCACUUCAUCUCAUCUCUUACUUGUCAAGCUCUGUUUACAUGCGCGAGCAUAUAGACAUGCUCUGCCUAUCCUCAACAAACCAAUAUGCCAUUUCCCCGCAGGGCCAGAGCAGAAUCAAUCAGAGAAUCAGCAGCCUAUCCUACGCGCACGCCACGAAUCUAGCGCACAAUUUGUGAAAAAUUCUUCUGGGCUUUCCGCGAAGGUCACAUAUAGGGAGCACUUGGAAUAUUUUCUUAACGGUGCCAUGAUUUACAUGGUCCUUAAGCAAUGGAAGAAAGCACUCCAUUUUCUCACCAUAGUCAUCUCAUCUCCUGUCAUCAACUCGGUCAGCAUGGUUAUGGUGGAGGCGUACAAAAAGUGGAUUUUAGUAAGCUUGUUGGACAACGGGAAGCUAGUUCAGACUCCUGCUGCCAUAUCUUCUCACACAAUCAAGAUCUAUCGAUCUAUAACGAAGCCUUAUGUCACACUAGCAGGGGUCUUCGAAAGCGGUGACUUUUCGAGACUGGAGGCUGAGGUGGAGAUUGCACGGCCCAUUUGGCAUACGGAUGGUAAUACUGGCCUUGUUCUCCAGGUUGUGGGAGCCUUCGAAAAAUUCAGAUACCGCAAGUUAGGAGGAACAUUCGCAGCUCUCACCAUAUCAGAUGCAGUGCAGCGGGCACCCAGUCGCUCUGGGCGUUCUACGAACGCAGAACAAUUCAUUGCGGCCCUCAUAAUGUCCAAGACUGUGAACGCGAAUUUAUCGCAUCCAAAUGAUCUUGAGAAAUCUACAAUGCUUCGGUUUUCGAACCUAGGAUCAAGUGCUUCUGCGUUGGAAGAUUCACUGAUGCGAUCUCGGUUAGUUGAAGACAGUUGGUCAUUAGCAAAUCUCAUGGGGCACGUUGAAGAAGGGGACUAUGUUUUGGGAAUGAGUAAAGAGUACAUUGAAAAUCUUCUGAGAAAUCAGAAGCAACCCGGCGGUCCCCUAAAGGGCGGCAAGAAUUUGGGCAGUUUUUCAGGUGGUUUUGAUAUUGAAGAAGAUAUCAUGGGUGAUCUGUGCUGA